GGCGCAGCAGCAGCAUCUGGGUGCCACUUUUAGCAAAAUCCUGUGAGAUCUGAUAAUCCAAAACUCACAUUUUGUUAUUCCAUCCCCAGACAAUGGCGGACGAUAUGUUGUUGCAUGCUGCCAAUUUCAGCACACUGUUUGUGUGUAUGGUGCUGAAAUUCCCGCAGAUUUUUGUACUGAUGAGAGCGAAAUCCACGAGUGGAGUCAGCCUCAACAGUCUGCUCCUCGAGUUGAUCGGGUACAUUGUUUUUGUAACAUAUCAGAUGUACUAUGACUACCCUCCUCCAACAUACCUGGAAUAUCCUAUCCUCAUUGCACAAGAUGCCUUUCUUCUGCUCCUGAUCUUUCACUACAAUGGAUGCCUGCGGCAGAGCCUCAUCUACACUGUGCUGUUUGUCGGUGGUUGGAGGCUCCUCACUGUGGAGAAGUGGAUCAUCGAUUUGGCUAUGAGCUUGUGCACAUUCAUCAGUGCAGCGAGUAAAUUUGCCCAACUGCAAUGCCUGUGGAGGUCAAAGGACGCUGACCAGGUUAGCGGGCUCUCCUGGGCUAUGGCUACCUACACAUGUAUAGCGCGAAUUUACACCACCGCAGUGACAACUGGAGACAUGCAGGUUCUGGUGCGGUUCAUCGUCAUGACUUCCCUCAACAUGUGGGUGCUGCUCACUGUGCUCUACUACCAGAGACGCAGCAGCAGUGCCAAGAAGCAGGAAUAAGCUUUAAACCUGCAAUUCACUGCCAUGUCUUCCAGCUUUGUUUCAGCAGGGAUUACUGAGUUACUCUGGACACAGCCAGGACCCAAAACAAAACUGACGAGUAACAACGGUUAUGUAAGCGGCUUUCGUAGUACUGACCCGUAAAAUGUGCUUUUUUAAAAUUGUUUUUACCUCAGUAUUGAACCCACACAGCUUUUUAUUACAUUCCAGUUACUGAAAAUCUGUUACGUGUUGUGAGAGCAGAGAACAGUGCUUUUUCAUAAUGCAUGUGAUAAAAUGUAGUAUUAUUAGAUAUGACAGCAUAAGCCAUGUAAAACUUAAAUCUUCCUACUCAGGAUAUGAAAUACUGUAUUUUGAAAAGAGUUUCCGAACUAUUUUAAUAAAGUAAACAUUCCAGCUU